UGCCCAAAACCCCAGCCACUGUUAGGAAGCACCUUUCCCUCUCAGCUGGGCCGCAUUCUAUGCUAUACAGUCAGAUGUUUCAGGUUUCCAUCUCUCAUCUUCCGAGCUGUUGCUGAGCCGAGUGGCUCGGGUGUUUAGCCGGUGCUGCCGAGCAACUUUUGGUCUCUAUGCGCACAGGAUUAUCAGACACACAAACUUUUUUUUUCCCGUUUUGUCUUUUUUUCAGGAGACAUUCUUUGAAGUGAGAAGCAAAGGAGAAUUUUGUUUUGUUGUGUUUUGGUCACUCUUUUUAGGAAAAUUUGCUCUGGUUUUUGCUUCAUCCUUGGACCGGUUCCUUGCAUGCAAUGGAUCACACAUUGUUCGGCUGUUUGCGCAGCCCCCACACCCCUCCGCAGGCCCUGCACCAUGCUUUCGCCCUUCACGGACGCUCCGAGCACCUCUCCACAUACCCUGACCUCUCCACCAACUCCUCUUCAGCCUGCAUUGUGAGCGGUUACCCAGGUGAGGAAGGGGGACUCUAUGGGGGACAUGGGCACCAGCGAGGGCCACACAUUUCCCAGCAGCAUCACCAUCUACCCCAACCACAGCAAACGGGCUGGCACAUAUCCCAGACGCCCAGCGCCUCGCCCGCCAGUGUUCGCCUGGGACUGGGCAUCUCCGCCCCUGAUUCAGGCUCUUCAGACAUGUGUCCCGGGGGUCCAAGCCUCUGUGCCAGUACGCCGAGCCUCAAUGGAGGGGUGCCCUCAGGGGCCUCCUGUGUGCCCGGUGGAGAUUUUGGCCGUCAUACGAUGUCCCCGGCCGAAGCAGAGAAAAGGAAUAACAAACGGAGAAGUGACUGCUCUGAGACCCAAGAUGGGAAUUACAAAACGGAUGUCAACAGCAAGCCAAGAAAAGAGAGAACCGCGUUUACUAAAGAACAGAUCCGAGAACUGGAGGCAGAAUUUGCUCAUCACAACUAUUUGACGAGACUCAGGCGGUAUGAAAUCGCUGUAAACCUGGAUCUCACGGAAAGGCAGGUGAAAGUGUGGUUUCAGAACAGACGCAUGAAGUGGAAGCGUGUGAAAGGAGGCCAGCAGGGGGUGGUAGCGAGAGAGAAAGAGCUUGUGAAUGUGAAAAAGGGGACGUUGCUUCCCUCUGAGUUUUCGGGCAUUCCUGGACUCCACCACACACGGGAAUCUCUUGUCAACAAUGAGGAUAGCCACGACAGUGACCAGAGCUCUGAGCACACUCACUUAUGAUGCAAACAGAUCAGCCUUUUGAUGCUUAUAAUCGGACUAAGAAGAGCAGUACAUUUAUCACAAACAAACAAGGACUGCACAGCAGACUGUACUCGCCAAACCAUAAAUAAUAAAUUCAUAAAAAACUGCACAGCAUCCCCUUUCAGGACAGGUGCUAUGGGCUCAAAGUAGCUAGCCUACUAGCUGAGUUAAAAUGCUCAAUAAACAUAAAUGUAUAAAUGUACACAGGACUUUUGUUUUAUAUGUGUGCUUGAAUGAUACAGAAAUGUGUGAUGUUUUGACAUCAGUAUUUUCAAAAGGAAGAGCUAUGUUAUUAGUCUGACGGAUUGCGAAUUUUCUUUACACAUUUCACAUGUGCUGCAUUGAAGGUGCUGUAAGCGAUGUUAGCCAUUUCAAAACCCCGCCCUAAGACAUUUCAGCAACCUCAAAUGCUGAAAAUGGUGACAGUGGUGGCUCAGUGGUUGAGGCUCAUGGUUACUGACCAGAAGGUCGGGGGUUCAAGCCCCAGCACCACCAAGAUGCCACUGUUGGGCCCUUGAGCAAGGCACUUAACUCCAGGUUGCUCCGGGGGGAUUGUCCAUGUAAUAAGUGCACUGUAAGUCGCUUUGGAUAAAAGUGUCUGCCAAAUGCAUAAAUGUAAAUGUAAAAUGGCUGACAGGCAGAGAGCACCUUAAUGUUGGCUAUACAAUAGUGUCCCUAUGUCAGAUUUAGGGGUGCAUUCUCAGGACAGCUAUUUCAGUGAUAUUUGUCAGGCAGUUGUGAUUUUUAUAUGCAUGUUAUUCCAUAAAAACAAAUCACUGACAGCACCUGUAAAAUAUACUUCCACUGCUUGUUUACUUGAAAGGUGGAACCUAGCACUAUUAAAAAAUGAUUGCUUGAAUCUGGUCAAAACAACAUUCCAUUCUGGUCUGGCAUGGGAGGGAACACAGGUGUAUGUUUUAGUUUGCACUGUCAAAUUAUUUGCCUAAAUUGAUUUCUACUGUUUUUAUACAAUUAUAAUGCAAUCGAAAUCAAUCACUCAAGCGUGCAGAAGAGUAAAAAACAUUGCAGCUAAUAUUAUGUCAUGUAAAUAUAUCAGUAUUCUAAAUUUGCAAUGGUCUAACAACUGUUUCAUAUACAAACAAUACCACAUGCUUCAACAAUAAACCUUUAUUAUGUUGCAUGGAUGAUUCUUUCUCUC